AGAGAGGGCGGCAGGCUCCGGUGGGCUCUGCUGCCGCCGCCGCUGCUGCCGCCGCCGCCACCCCCGUCGCAGGAGGAGAAGGAUGGAGCCGGGCAAGGAGCCGCGAGUGACCACCGGGGAGAAGCCUAGCGAACCAGAGCCGGCGGUUUCCUUCCAGGCCCGGCUGUGGAAGAACCUGCAGCUGGGGGGCAAGGGCCGGAGCGGCGGCGGGCGGGCAGCAGCCGAGCGCCGCACUGCGGAGCCCCUCGCCCCGCCGCCGCCGCCGGCCGGCAGCAAGGGGGACCUCCAGCCCGGCGGCAAGUGGAGCGGCUUCAAGCGACGGCGGCAAGUGCUAGACCGCGUCUUUUCGUCCUCCCAGCCCAACCUAUGCUGCUCGGCCGCCGAGCCGCUGGAGCCGGCCGGCGAGUCCGGCUCCGCCCUGCGCCGCCUGCGGGAGCACCUGCUUCCCCAAGGCAAGGGGCCGCCGCCCGGCCGCCGCCCGGAGCCCGCCGCCGGCGCUGAGGGGCCGGCGGGUGGCAGGGAGGGGCGCCGGCCCGGGGCGCACCUGUCCCACCAGAAGAGCUCCUCGCUGCCCAGUACCGCCUGCCUGGAGCAGCUGCUGCAGGGAUCGCCCGCCGCCGGCAGGAUCCAGGACCAGCGGACGGAGGACGGCGACAGCAGCGCGAGAACAAAUUCAUUUGGAACUAGUAAUACAGAUUUCCCCCCUGGGGACCCUGGAAUGUACCAGUUGGAUGUUACUCUAAGAAGAGGACAGAAUCUAGCUGCACGGGACCGUGGAGGAACAAGUGAUCCAUACGUCAAGUUCAAACUUGGAGGAAAAGAAGUAUUUAGAAGUAAAACAGUACACAAGAACCUCAAUCCUGUGUGGGAAGAAAAGGCUUACAUUCUUAUAGAUAACCUAAGAGAACCAUUGUAUAUAAAGGUAUUUGAUUAUGACUUUGGACUUCAAGAUGACUUCAUUGGUUCAGCAUUUUUGGAUCUCACAUCAUUGGAAUUAAACAGGCAAACAGAUGUUACUUUGAGUCUGAAGGAUCCUCAUUACCCUGACCAUGAUCUGGGAAGUAUAUUCCUGUCAGUUCUGUUGGCUCCAGGAGACCAGCAAGAAGCGACAAUGCUAAUGAGGAAGAGUUGGAAAAGAUCAAGUAAGUUUCAGACCCAGAGCUUACGUCUCUCAGACCUGCACAGAAAGUCUCAGUUAUGGAGAGGGAUAGUUAGUGUUACCUUAAUAGAAGGUCGUGACCUUAAGGCGAUGGAUGCAAAUGGGCUCAGCGAUCCUUACGUCAAGUUUCGUUUGGGGCAUCAGAAGUACAAGAGCAAGAUUGUUCCAAAAACUUUGAAUCCUCAGUGGAGGGAGCAGUUUGACUUUCAUCUCUAUGAAGAACGAGGUGGAAUUAUUGAUAUUACCGUGUGGGACAAAGAUGUUGGCAAAAAGGAUGAUUUCAUUGGCAGGUGCCAGAUUGACCUGUCAACCCUGAGUAAAGAACAAACCCACAAACUGGAGGUGCCGCUAGAGGAGGGAGAGGGAUACCUGGUGUUGCUGGUCACUCUCACAGCCUCAGCUGCAGUCACUAUCUCUGACCUCUCCAUCAACUCCCUGGAGGACCAGAAGGAGCGAGAGGCGAUUCUGAAGAGAUAUAGUCCAAUGAUGAUGUUCCAUAACAUCAGUGAUGUGGGAUUUCUUCAGGUGAAGGUCAUCAGGGCAGAAGCAUUGAUGGCAGCUGAUGUCACAGGUAAAAGUGACCCAUUUUGUGUAGUUGAAUUGAACAAUGACAGACUGCUGACACAUACUGUCUACAGGAACCUCAAUCCAGAAUGGAACAAAAUCUUCACAUUCAAUAUAAAGGACAUCCACUCAGUGCUUGAAGUGACAGUUUACGACGAAGACCGCGAUCGAAGUGCUGACUUUCUAGGCAAAGUUGCUAUACCAUUGCUGUCUAUUCAAAAUGGUGAACAGAAAGCCUACGUCUUGAAAAACAAGCAGCUGACAGGGCCAACAAAGGGGGUCAUCUAUCUUGAAAUAGAUGUGAUUUUUAAUGCUGUGAAAGCCAGCAUACGAACCUUAAUGCCCAAAGAACAGAAGUACAUUGAAGAGGAAGACAGACUGUCUAAACAGCUACUGUUGAGGAACUUCAUCAGGAUGAAGCAUUGUAUCAUGGCGCUCGUUACUGCUGUCUGCUAUAUUAGCAGUUGUUUUGACUGGGAUUCUCCACCAAGAAGUCUAGCUGCUUUUUUGCUUUUUCUUUUUGUGGUCUGGAACUUUGAGCUCUACAUGAUACCACUGGCUUUGUUGCUGCUGCUGGCAUGGAACUACUUCUUGAUCGUAUCAGGAAAAGAUAACAGACAACAUGAUACAGUAGUGGAGGACAUGCUGGAGGACGAGGAAGAAGAGGAUGACAGAGAUGACAAGGACAGUGAAAAGAAAGGAUUUAUGAAUAGACUUUAUGCCAUCCAGGAGGUGUGUGUCACUGUCCAGAAUAUCCUAGAUGAAAUUGCUUCCUUUGGUGAGAGGAUCAAGAAUACAUUCAACUGGACUGUCCCAUUCCUGAGCUGGCUGGCAAUUGUUGCCCUCUCUGUGUUCACCGUCAUCCUGUAUUUCAUUCCACUGAGAUACAUUGUCCUUGUCUGGGGCAUCAAUAAAUUUACAAAGAAGAUUCGAAAUCCAUAUGCAAUUGAUAACAAUGAGCUACUUGACUUUCUGUCCAGGGUCCCUUCUGAUGUGCAAGUGAUGCAAUACCAUGAACUGAAACAAGAUCCUACUCACAGCCCAAGCAAGAGGAAGAAAAACAAUCCUGCCUAGCCAACUUCAUGUGUUGAGGAGACCAGCAUCUGCCAGGGGAAGAUAAAAGAGCAAGCCUAAGAAGCAUUUCCUCUCUCUAAGAUUUUUAUUUAUCUUGCCUUUUUAUCUACUGGGGAGAUUUUGUAACAGUAUUAAAAGGCGGAAAAUUAUUUCUCGUGGAAAAUCUAUUUCUCAUUGUAAAGACAUUUGUUUCAAGUAGGGUUUUUGUCAUUUCAAAGCCUUGUUAGAAAUAAUAUAACACAUUAAAUGAGUCAAUCUAAAAUGGAGAAUAUAUAUUGCUACUUGGUGGUUAAAGAUACAUGAGAUAGUCAAAUCAUGCUAACUAAACCUACAAAACAUCUAAAUCUGACUCAGAAAUUUCUCAUAUUUUAUUUGUGAGCCUUCAUAUUUUUAUCCAGUAAGUCAUCAUUACAAUUUUCUAUGUUUUAUAUAUUGCAAGAGGAAUACAAUGUAGUGGAGCCUACUGCACUUAUGUUUUAGCAGAUUUUUUUAAAUUUCAGACCCCGAUGUUAACAUCUGGUGCAACAUUUUUCUAUGUGGUAGGGCUGCUUAUAAAACAGUGAGAAACGCCAAGUGCAAAUCUCUUUGUGGAGCUCCCAAAAGCAGUUCCUGCUGUCUUUAUCAUUCCAUUGUAAGACCUAAAAAUCUCUGUUUCAAAAUACUGCCAGGUUUGUAACUGAUUGCCUGUCAUAUUUUUCUACA